AUGCGUUCUGUGUUCGGCGCCCGUCCGCCCGCCCCGCCCUCUCCGUGCCCGCCAUGGCCCGGAUCCUGGACGCGGCCCGGCACGCGCCCUCCGCCCGCACUGCGCCCUCUGCGGCCGGUGCGGGGACUGCGCCCCCUGCGGGCUGUGCGGCCUCCAUUGGUAGUGCGCCCUCUGCGGGGACUGCGGCCUCCAUUGGAUGAGGUCGGAGCCCCCGGCAUACUAGUUGGAGUUUCCGUAGAUGGAAGAGAAGUCUGGUCAGAAGGUUUGGGCUAUGCCGACGUAGAAAAUCGAGUACCGUGUAAACCAGAGACAGUAAUGCGAAUUGCUAGCAUCAGCAAGUGUCUUACCAUGGUGGCCAUUGCCAAGCUGUGGGAAGAGGGGAAAUUAGAUCUCGAUGCUCCGGUGCAGAAGUAUGUCCCCGAAUUCCCAGAAAAAGAAUAUGAAGGUGACAAGGUUUCUGUUACUACACGAUUACUGAUUUCACACUUAAGUGGAAUUCGUCACUAUGAAAAGGAUAUUAAAAAAGUGAAAGAGGAGAAAGCCCUUAAAGCCUUGAAGGUGAAAGAGACACUGGAAUCCAACCACGAGAGACACUUAAAAGAAAAAGACGACAAAAAAAACGAAAAGAGUGAUCUAGUCCCAGUUAGGUCAGAACAGGAGAAUGAAAGCAAAGGCCGCAAUUCAAAAUCUGGGAAAAAAAAGAAUGAUUUUGAACAAGAUGAAUUGUAUCUAAAAGACAAGUUUGAAAAUACAAUCGAGUCCUUAAGGAUAUUUAAAAAUGAUCCUUUGUUCUUUAAACCAGGUAGUCAGUUUUUGUAUUCAACUUUUGGCUAUACUCUUCUGGGAGCCAUAGUGGAAAGAGCUUCGGGACAGAAAUUUGUGGACUACAUGCAGAAAAUAUUUCAUGACUUGGGAAUGCCAACCACUGUGCAGGAAGAAAACGAGCCCGUGAUUUACAACAGAGCCAGGUUCUACAUGUAUAAUAAAAAGGGACGCCUCGUCAACACGCCUUACGUGGAUAACUCCUACAAGUGGGCCGGUGGUGGCUAUCUGUCUACGGUCGGCGAUCUUCUCAGAUUUGGAAACGCAAUGCUCUACAGUUACCAAGUUGGGAUGUUGAAGAACUCCAACGAGAAACUCCUACCUGGGUACCUCAAGCCUGAAACCAUGAUGAUGAUGUGGACGCCGGUGCCCAACACAGAGAUGUCUUGGGACAGAGAGGGCAAAUAUGCAAUGGCGUGGGGCGUCGUGGAGAAGCAGCAGAGGUACGGUGCAGGCAGGCAACAGCGGCAUUACGCAUCCCAUACUGGAGGCGCGGUGGGAGCAAGCAGCGUUCUGCUGAUCCUCCCGGAAGAACUGGACACAGAGGCUACAGAUAACAAGUUAGCGAUUCCCCCGAAAGGGAUCGUCGUCACCAUCAUUUGUAACAUGCAGUCUGUUGGCCUUAAUAGCACCGCCUUAAAAAUCGCACUGGAAUUUGAUAAAGACAAGGCAGGUGGCUACUUUCGUUAAAGUCGAUCAAAAAACCUUCUUAAAAUGCUCUUAAGAAUACAGGGAGAGGAAAUGGGAAUGAAAGAAUGAUGUACCUAAUGGGUAGGUUUUAUAAACGUCAAAGUAGUGAUUUGUUUUUAAUGCUCAGGGAAGCAACCCGUUUUUAAAUCUUCAGAAACAACAAAUGUUUGAACUACUUUGAAAUAAAAUGCAUUCUGAUAUAUA